AGCAACUUGAUUACCACCAAAUUUCCUUGGCAGUCUAAAGUCUUCGUCAACUCAGGGAUAAAUUUUACGGAACUAGCGUGCCUGAAGCAUUUGCCAGCAACACUAACACUGAGGUAUAAUAUACACUACGCUUUAGUGGAUGUGAAUUUUAAACCAAUACUUCUAGAUAUGAGGUACUAUCGCCCAAGAAGGAACAGUGUAAAGCAACCUCAUUUAUUGCCAGCAUAACGUGAUGAAGUUGGACCCCGCCACCUUGGAAGACUUCCAUUGGCUAGACUUACCAAAGUCAUCGCCAAUCUAUUUCCUUUCGGUGCCGAGGAAAACACAAACAAAUCCGAUAAAGACAGCGAAAGAGCAUCGCAAUUCUCCAGCCUCUGUCGCUUUUCUGAAUCCCACAUUCGAUUCAGAAAGGAUCCACAUCUCGCUACGAUUAAACGUGGAGAUUUGAGCACCUGAAGGAGAAUGAAGAGAAAGAGGGAUUCACCAGACGCAACGACCAUGUCUGCCUGUGUCGAUGAUGGCAAUUCGUCUUCAGGGACUGAAUUCGAGGUGUUUUUGAGUUUCAGAGGCCCGGAUACUCGCCUCAAUUUCACCGAUUGUCUCUAUCACUCCUUAGUCAAAGCUGGGGUUCGUGUUUUCAGAGACGAUGAAGAGAUCCGAAAGGGCAAAAAGAUUGAAGGUGAACUUUUGCAUGCCAUUGAAUCCUCCAAAAUAUACUUGCCCAUCUUCUCUAGGAACUAUGCAUCCAGUAAGUGGUGUCUUCGCGAGCUCACACACAUGCUGGAGUCCUCGAGCAAAGCGAAUGACAAAGUGAUCCUACCCGUUUUUUAUGACGUAAACCCUGAUGAUGUAAAGCUUAAAACUCAAUUGUACAUCAAUGCUCUAAAGAAACACCAGAAGAAGUUAAGCCACAAUGAGGUUCGGCAAUGGAGGGAAGCUUUGACCAAGGUCGCAAGAAUCAAGGGAUGGGACAUGAAAGACAAAAGCCACGGUGAAAUCAUCAACACUAUUGUUGAUGAGGUUUUGAUCAAGCUAAUGAAAAGAAUGCAAAAUCUGCCUGAUCAUUUAGUUGGGAUUCAUGAUCAUGUUGAAGCUAUCAUGGACAUGUUAAACGAAGGUUCUUGUGAUGUUCGUUACCUGGUCAUCCAUGGAAUGGGCGGUAUCGGUAAGACAACUCUCGCAAGUGUUGUCUUUAAUAAAAUCUCCAAUCAAUUUCAAGGUUGUAGCUUCCUUUUGGACAUUCGCGAAUCUACGCAACAGGGUAGAAUUGUUGACUUACAAAAACAGUUGUUAUUAGAGAUUCUCCAAGGUGGAUCUCUAGGGAUCCAAAAUUCUGUUGAUGUAGGGAUUAACACAAUUAGAGAAAGAUUUCGUGGUAAGAAAGUUCUCCUUGUUCUCGAUGACGUGGGUAAUAGGGAUCAACUCUCUAAGCUAGCCGGAAAGAGUGAUUGGUUUGGUCCAGGAAGUAGAAUCAUCAUUACAACGAGGGACAUCAACUUUUUGCCAAUCAAAGGGAAGGACAAAGAGAGUAGUUUCCAAGCACAUUCUCAAGAGUUUCAAAUCUAUAAAAUGACAGAAAUGGAUUUUUUCCAUGCUCAUAAGCUUUUUAGUAAACAUGCCUUCGGGAUGGAUUUACCACCACAUGACUUUGUUGAUAUCUCAAGGCAAAUUACGACCAAAACAGGUGGACUUCCUUUAGCUCUUGAGGUUAUCGGUGCCUCACUUUAUGGCGAGAGCAAAAAGUUUUGGAAAGGCACUUUGCAGAAGUUAGAGUUGGUGCCCAACCAGGAAGUCUUCAACAAAUUAAAGAUCAGUUAUGACAUGUUGGAGCCUCACCAAAGAGAUCUUUGA